AUGAGUGUAAAGCCAGUCAGGGCUGCACGAGCGCCGCCCCCGCCGCCCCGCUUCCCCCUGGGGAGUCCCGGGGACCGAGAGGCCCAGCCCGGGGUCGGCCCGCUCCGAGCCAGCGGACCCCUGUGCGCAGGGCUCCUGCGCUCGCAGCGGCAGGGAGAGGAAGUGGGGCGCCACACAGAACGACCAGUGCCUCAUCAGCCCCUACGGCGCUGGGCGGAAAGAGUGGAAGCAAACACAGGCCCGGCGCCGCCGCUCCCGCCCGAGCGGCUUUUAAACUGCGUGUCUGCGAGCCCCGCUCGGCGCCGCGGCCGCCGGAACCCGCGCGAGCCGCCCGGCCAAUCAGCGCGGCGCUUCCUCGGGCCGCCGGCCAAUGGCGGCGCGCGUUCUUGGGGCGCGGCGAAGCGGGGCGCUCUCCGUUGGCCUCCAAAAGCCACAAAGAAAACUGAUAAACCAAGAAUAGAAGAUAAAGAUGACCUAGAUGUAACAGAGCUCUCUAACGAAGACCUUCUGGAUCAGCUUGUGAGAUAUGGAGUGAAUCCUGGUCCUAUUGUGGGAACUACCAGGAAGCUUUAUGAGAAAAAGCUGUUGAAACUGAGGGAGCAAGGAACAGAAUCAAGAUCUUCUACUCCUUUACCAGCCAUUUCUUCUUCAGAAAAUACAAGGCAGAAUGGAAGUAAUGACUCUGACAGAUACAGUGACAACGAAGAAGACUCUAAAAUAGAGCUCAAGCUUGAGAAGAGAGAACCACUAAAGGGCAGAGCAAAGACUCCAGUAACACUCAAGCAAAGAAGAGUUGAGCACAACCAGAGCUAUUCCCACGAUGGAGUAACUGAAACUGAAUGGACAAGUGGAUCUUCCAAAGGCGGACCUCUGCAGGCAUUAACUAGGGAGACCACGCGAGGGUCCAGAAGAACUCCAAGGAAAAGGGUGGACACUUCACAACAUUUUCGUAUAGAUGGUGCAGUAAUUUCAGAGAAUACUCCCAUAGCUGAAACUAUAAUGGCUUCAAGCAACGAAUCCUUAGUUGUCAAUAGGGUGACUGGAAAUUUCAAGCAUGCAGCUCCUAUUCUGCCAAUCACUGAAUUCUCAGACAUACCCAGAAGAGCACCAAAGAAACCAUUCACACGAGCUGAAGUGGGAGAAAAAACAGAGGAAAGAAGAGUAGAAAGGGAUAUUCUUAAGGAAAUGUUCCCCUUUGAAGCAGCUACACCAACAGGAAUUAGCGCUAGUUGUCGCAGACCAAUCAAAGGGGCUGCCGGCCGGCCAUUAGAACUCAGUGAUUUCAGGAUGGAGGAAACUUUCUCAUCGAAAUAUGUUCCUAAGUAUGUUCCCUUGUCAGAUGACAAGACAGAAAAAACAAAAAAGGGACGCUCCAUUCCCAUGUGGAUAAAAAUUUUGCUGUUUGUUGUUGUGGCCGUUUUUUUGUUUUUGGUCUAUCAAGCUAUGGAAACCAACCAAGUCAAUCCCUUCCUUAAAUUUUAUAAUCCUCAAAACUCCCUCACCAAUCCAUCUGAAUGAUUUCUCUUUGGCACAUUCAACUUGGUCUCCUAUUUUUAAUAACUGUAGAAAAACAUUUGUGUAUACUCAUUGACACAAGAACUAAAAAAUAAUGUGAUUUCACCUCAGUAAAUUUAGUAUUCCAUUGAAAAGCAAACAAGAUGUAUAAAAGGACUUCAUUUAAACGUUUUGGACUUCGGACUAGUAGGAGAUCACUUUGUGCCAUAUAAAUAAUCUUUUUUUAGCUCUGGAACCUUUUCGUAGGCUUUAUUUUUUUAAUGUGGACAUCUUCAUUUUUGGGGAAAAUGUAUAUUGUUUUUGUGUAUUUGGGAAAUAAGGUAAAACAUGUAUAAUGUGAAGCUACACAUACUUUGAAUUCUUACAGAAAAGAUUCUAAGAAUUCUCUGCUGAAUAAACAUUUUGCAAACGUGAAACAGUGAUAUUCGGUAAGGGAAAAGUAGCUUGCUUGUACUUUUUUAACUGCAAAAAUGUUUGGUGUUUAUGAGGAAAGUACAGCAAUAAUCUCUUCUGUAACUUUUAUUGAAAGUAAUGUGAUUGUAGCCCUGUAAUACUUGCUUUUUAAAAGAUUUCUAGUAUCAUGAAAACCCGAUUUCAGUAAGACCCAUUGAAAUAAAGUUGAUUUUUAGCAGAGAUAUUUUAGGGUAUCAUAUGUACAUGUUUUAGAGAGCUGUUGACUAGCUAUACAUGUUUUGAAAAGCUGUUAGCUACCUGUAGGACUAUAUAAUUGGAAAUUUGUACUUUUUAUUUACAGCAAAGCAUUUAUUCUCAAUCCAAUUUACUACCAAAAUAUUUUUUUAGAUAAUAAGUAUAUGUUUGUUUAGAGAUAAGAAACUUUAAAACACUGGUCUUUUGUUUCAUUUAGAUUGAUUGUUGUAUUCUUUUCUGUUACCAAAAACAAAUUUUUGCCAAGUUUUUUCUACAUUUCCCAGUGCAAUUUGA